UAUUCGAAUGGUUAAGAUUGUUGUGUUUUAUCAUUCAUUUUAAUCAUCUUUCACUUUUAUUAUUAUUAGUUUAGUUGUGAAACCAUCAUUCUCCUUUGGGUCGAUUUAGAGGAGGUUACAUUUAGUUAGAUAGUUAGAUGAGAAACCGCACUCUCUUUGGGUCUAUUUAAAGGGAACCAUGACAUCUUUUUUUAUUAAUCAUUCAAUUUUCAGUAAGACUCCUCCAAGCAUCUUAGUCUUGCAUCAAUUGGUAACCGAGCACCUUUGAGAAAGGGCUUGAUGGUGACCAAGAACACCUCCAAGAAACCCAACCCCUUAUUUAGAUGCGGAAGCAUCAUCCUCUUCUCUUCAAUUUCUCAAUCGGCCUUUCACUAAUGUGAGAAGUUUCUAUUGGACAGCGUUAGUAAGUGGCCCAUAAGGAGAUUAUGGGAGAUUAAGUCGGUGUUUCGUUUGUUUAUCGCUUUCAAUAUGGUAUCAGAGAAAGGUAACAACAAAACCCUAGACACUAGCUUAGGUGAAGCCCAAAUAGAAACAAAACCCCUUUAUCACUGCUGUGGACACCGUCAUCGCCGCCACCAUGGAAAAACUCCUCCAUCCGAUUCAGAAGAUGUUGGCAAUCAGUUUGGGGCCACCAUCGGAGCAAGCCACAUAGCCCAACACCAGGUACAAAGCUCACAUGCCACAAGUCUUACCCCACACACCACCGUCGAUACCUUCAUGAACCAACCGAUCUUCUUCCCUCCUUCAUCCCAAAUCCAGCCGCCAUACCCUUCCGACAAUCCACACCUCCACGCACCGCCAUUGCCCUCGGUUUACAAACGACCUUUGAUUCACGAGUCAUUGCCUUUUCAUGUCUUACAGCAGCAACAUAUCCAUGGUUUAGAAAUGAUCGAAGGUAUACUCAGUUCGGUUUUGAAGUUAGUGAAUCCUUGGCAUAGUCUAAAUCGACUGAACUACCGAUGUAUUCAAAGAACCUGGAGAAACUAUCCGUCCUCUUUUAGAACGGGGAAGACUCACUCAUUCGAUCUAUGCUGAUUAAUAGCAUGAAACCACAAAUUUACAAGCCUCUACUGUAUGCAAUCACUUUGUGGGAUACAACUCAGACACUUUUCUCCAGUUUGGGACACGCAAAAUAAUGAUAUAAAAUAUGCUAAACUUGAGGAAGCUAACCAUAUUUAUAAUUUUUUUGUAGGAUUUAAUCUCAAAUUUGAUACUGUUUGUGGUCGUAUACUCAGAUGAAAGCCACUUCCCUCCUUAAUGGGAGUGUGUUCUGAAGUCCGUCUUGAAGGUAAGAAACAAUCAUCUCCCAGACGGUAAGAAACGAUCAGCCAAUGAGAAAAAGAAUUCUAGGUGUGCCUACGUUAGUGAGAUGCCACUGCCAGCACAUCUUAGUCAAUUGGCCCUACUGUAAGCCAGACCAACCCUUCUACUCUAGGUGUCAUUGCUAAGUCAAGUAUGCCUCAAUCCCUUGGCCUUGUUAAUGUAGAUGGGAAGACUCCAUAUAGUCUAUGGCUCGUUCACCCUGAUUGUUGGCAAAGAACAAAUAGUUUCCUUUGCCGGACUCUCUCCAAAAUGUUUUGCAUGUGCAUAAGCUUUCUUACAACUUUAUCAACAAGAUCACUCGUGAUCUGUAUUAUAAAGUCACUUUCUUACUUGAAUUUGUUUGUUUUCAAGACAUAAACUUGGGGAAAAUGAUUGGCACUACUUGGC